UUGCUUCAGGUACGCGAACAAUAUCAAACAACAUAUGGGAAGGAUUUGAUACAAGAGCUAAAAAAAGAGUUAUCUGGUGAUUUCGAGCAGGUUAUUGUUGCUCUGAUGGAACCGCCAGCCACAUUUGAUGCCAGUCAUUUGCGUUAUUCAAUGAAGGUUAUGUUGUCUCACCGCAAUUUUCUAUCCUUCGAAACUAAGCAUUAA